GUGCAUAUUAUCAUCGGUCUUGAGUUAAAAUGGUUUGGCUUUUCAGGGUACCGUAUUUACCGUACAUUAUCCUUAUCCUGCUUAUACAGGAAGGACAUUCUCAGAAGAGAUGUCUUGAUGAAGAGCCACCUCUGUAUUCGAAGGAGGACAAUGUUCAUGUUGUGGUCGGUGCCAGUUUGGAAAAGAUGCUAGUUGAACCAGCCGUGGGAAAGUUGGUGCAGUUCCUGAACAGCUACUGUGGAAACUGCAGGAGAUUUGCAAAAACGUUUAGAAAAAUGGCUGUCGAUCUGCAGAAGUGGAACCGGGUACUCCGGAUAUAUGCGGUUGACUGUGCCCGUUUGGAAAAUGUGGAAUUGUGUCGAGAUUUUCGCAUAACACAGACGCCUACAAUUCGCUAUUUUCCCUCCAAAUUUCAAAGGAUACGUCACGGAACUGGCACAGAUAUUGAAACAAAAAUUCCAUCUGAAAUCGUCGACCAGCUCAUCGAAAGUCUGUCCGGAAACGACUACAGUGAAAGCAAAGGUGUGAAGCCCAUCUUUGAUCCCAUAGAGCCAGAUAACAAGCUGAAUGAUAUCUUCGCACAGUUCGACAACAAGGUAUCAUACAUUUUUCUGGUCCAUCCAGUCGAUAUUGGAAUAGAAACGAUUCUCAACAUGCUUCCGUAUCCGGAAGUGGGAGUGCGGAUUAUCAAGGAUGCAGAAAUGUUCGCCAACUUCGGACUGAAGCCGUGUAAACAAAUGGUAGCCCUUCUAGAUAAAUCUGGUAAAGCCCAACUAAUCAAGCCUGUCGGUGGAAGUAGCUCUGCUUACGUGGAAAGCGUUGCUGGGCUUCUGCAUCAAAAUGGGCACACAAGUAUGCCCACAUUGCCACCAGCAGAACCCGAAUAUAACCUUUCGGAGGGACACGAUGCUUUUAUUGUGGACUAUGUGCAGAACUCAACCAAGGUGCUCUUUCAAGCCGACUUGGAGCAAGCCAUCUACCAGUUGUUGCAUGUUGAGAUCCCGAAAACGGCUUUUAUAAGUGGCUUCAAAUUUAAGGCUCUUCGUCAUAUAAUUCGCUUGUUUCGCCGCUUCAAUGUUCUAAACAGAGACGGAAGGCGAAUGCUGAACAGCCUAGUGAAUCACCUAUUUGAGGUCACUGAAAUUACGGGAGAGGAGUUCCGGAAUGUAGUGGAUGAUCUGCAAACCAGGUUGGAUCCCAUCUUUGCGGAACAACAAUACGUCGGCUGCUUGGGCUCUACGCCGCAUACUCGACGGUUUAGCUGCUCCUUGUGGACACUGUUCCAUUACAUCACCGUCUUGGCGGCCCAGAUGAAGGUAUACCCGCCCAGCUCCGUGACAAUUGGACUUUACGGACUUGCCAAGUUCUUUUACGACUGCAAAGAUAGUUCCAUGUACUUCAUAAAGCUGGCGAAGCGUAGGGAUAUUGCGAAAGUUAAGUCCCAUGACGAGGAGAUCCUAUGGUUGUGGGAGGCCCAUAACGAGGUGAAUGAAAAACUAGCUGGAGACGCCUCGGGGGACCCACGGUUUCCCAAAGUCCAGUUUCCGGAGCGAAAGCAUUGCCCGGACUGCUAUAGUACAGAUUCAGGUGAAUUUGAUAGAGAUGAGGUGCUUAAAUACCUAAAACGCGUAUAUGAUUUAAGUUAUUUAAGCGGCGAUGAAGAACGACAUUCAAGAAAAGCAAAUAAUUGUAAACCAAAAAAAAAAACAUAUUUAGUGAAGUAAUUGUUAUUAUUAUUAUGCUUAUGAAGCAAUUUUAACUUGAAUUUUUUCCGAUAUAUACACACCACUUAAAAUAUA